AUGGGUGACGAGGUACCUAAGACUGAUAAGCUAGCUACAGAGGCUAUUAAGGAGGAAACCGCUAUAGAGGGCCUAGAUAAUAUUGUUUUAGAGGUUUCUAAUAAUAAUAAUGAUGAGGCACUCCUAAAGGAGAUCGCUAAAGCUGAUAAUAUAACCAUAGAGAAGAUAGCCGUGGAUCUUGUUAGGGAUAUUGCGAAAGGGGCCGCUAGGGUAUGGACUAAUGAUGCUAGGGAAGGAUCCUCCGCUGGGGCUACUCUCGCGGCUAAGAAGAAGUUUUUGAAGGAGAUAAGCGAGGCUGAUGAAGAUACUAUGAGGACGCUUAUAGCCGCUACCGUUAAGAAGCUCUUAGAAGUGGCUAAGAAGGCUGCGAAAAUAGGUGUUAAUACUAGUAAGGGUCCGAAAGGGAAAGCUAGACCUAAAGAUCUUUCUAACCCUACUGGACCCGAAGGCUCUGGUUCUGGUUCUGUAUCCGAGGAGGUUAAGGAGGUUGAGGCCCAGGAAAAGGAGAAGGAGCGUGCCGCUUAUAAGAAUAAAGAUCGCGCCGCGAAGGCUAAGUCUGAUAAGAAGGGUAAGGGCAAAGCUAAGGCCGUUAUAGAUCCAUCUAGAUCUAAUUCUGAUGAUUCCGCUUAG